CGGCUCACCCGCUCCCCGCCCCCGCGGGCUGCCACGCCUUUGUCUCCGGUCUUUGUCUGUCCCGUCCGUGCCCGGGGCAGGGGCCGCUGCUGCCGCCAGCAUCCUGCGCUCUCGCAGCUCCUCCUUAGCGCCGGGCAGCCCCGCACCGCGCUCCCGGGCAUGGCCCUGCGCUCCUCCCGCGACCCCCGCACGCCCAGAGCCCCCCGCCCCUCCCGGCCCCACCUCCUCCGGCACCAUGCACCCCGGUCCCCCGGGAUUCCCAAUGUCCCCGAUUCCUCUCCACAUUCCCCCACUGCCUUCCCCCUGUCUCCUCCUCCUCUUCCUCUUCCUCCUCCUCCUCUCCUUUCGGGUUUGAACACCCCGUGCCCCCCGCAGACCUGCCUCCCCUCCGCCGCUCGCACAGCUCUGCCCUGCGCUGCCUGCCGGGCUCCGCCGCGCCGGGACCUUCGCACAGGUAGCUGCCAAUAAAAUAGUAUUUCUAGUGUUAUGCCUUCGCAAGUGAGCUUCCCAGUGCCUCCUAAAUCAGUCCUCAAGGAACAGUUUAUUGUCUUUUAUGGCCAGUAGAAAUACCUGCUUUUUGAAAACUGCGUGAAAAGAAGCCCCCUGUGCUGCCUGCCUCUUUCCAGGGAAUGGCUGAACUGAAAACAUGUUCCCAGGCUGUGAACAGCAACAGAGAGGAAUCUUGGAAAGGCAGGAUUGGCUGGUGAGACAGAGCACCCAUGAUUAUGGAAACUUCUUCCACCUUCUCUUCUUUCCUUUUCCUGUGUGUGCUGGUUCUUUCAGACAUCAGUCUUGCAAUCUCCCUGAAGCCUGGCACAAAGCUCAAAAAUGCCCCAGAGAACAACCACCACCUUCAAAACCAAGAGAUGUGGCUGCAGCAGCCCAGAACUGGGCGCCACCACAGGCAAGGCUUGUCCAAGAAGGAGAGAGUCCACACCAUGGCUUCAAGAGGGCAGCUGGCUGGAGAAGAGACCCUCAAGAUGGGCAGUGGAGCUUCAGCCGUGGAAGAGCUGGUGGCAGAGGGACAGCCAGCAGCCCUGAAACAGAAUAAGGACGUGUUCCUGGGGUUUGAAUUGUCGUAUCCUGAGAGGGAAAACCAGUCCCCAGGCUCUGAGAAAGGAAAGAAGCAGAACCGAGAACAUCGUCGACACAGCCGCAGGGACAGGCUCAAACAUCACCAAGGGAAGGCUCCUGAUGCUGGGCCAAGCUCCCUGUACAAGAAACCCAAAAGCUCUGAAGAACAGUUUCAAAAUCUUCAGGCAGAGGAAGCUACAAGUCUGACUCCCACCAUGCUCCUCAUUGCUGCACUGGACACAGCUGUUUCCACAGAAGAGCCUCCUGUUCUUCCAGCCACUUCACCACGGUCACAGGCCCGCCUCAGGCAAGAUGGGGAUGUGAUGCCCACCUUGGAUAUGGCACUCUUUGACUGGACCGAUUAUGAGGAUCUCAAACCAGAAAUGUGGCCAUCUGCUAAAAAGAAAGAAAAACGCCGCAGUAAGAGCCCCAACAGUGUAAAUGAAACCACAACAGCUGAAGGAGAGCCAUGUGAUCACCACCUUGACUGCCUCCCAGGCUCUUGCUGUGACUUACGUGAACACCUCUGCAAACCACACAAUCGAGGCCUUAACAACAAGUGUUAUGAUGACUGUAUGUGCACUGAAGGGCUGCGCUGUUACGCCAAAUUCCAUCGGAACCGGAGAGUGACCCGGAGGAAGGGGCGCUGUGUGGAGCCUGAAUCAGCCAACGGAGAGCAGGGAUCUUUCAUUAAUGUUUAGGAGGGUGGGACUCCUGCCUGUAUGGGCAGGAGCUGGGGUGAAACUGUUUAUACCUAGCAGUGGGAAUUAGAGGAAAAAGCUGAGCAAAUGAUGGAAGCUCCAGGCUCUGAACAUGCCAGGUCCCAGCUAGACUGAAACUCAUAUUCAUUAUAAAUACAGUGGCAUCAGCCUUUUCCACAGCAGGACUGCACUCCCCAUCCUUCCUUCAGCACAUUCCCACCACUGAAUUGAGUCCCCCUCUCCUAGUUAGUAAGCAAUGAUCAUGACUCCCAUUCUGAUGGUCCUGGCAGGAAAAGGCUCUGCAGUUUCAUCUUCUCUCAAGAGAGACAAGAUGUGGAAGAUCCUUCAGGGCAAGGGGAUAUGAGCUUAAACCUUACCCCUUAAUUAUUGCUUGAGAAUAAAGGUAGACAGUUCUUUCUUAAAGACUGAAAGUUCCUAGAGGAGAGGAAAAUUGUAGCAUCCAGAUGGAAUCAAAGAUGAGAAAUGGAUCAGCUGCCUGCCUAGGUGCGAAAGGACCCUCUGGCAGACCUCUUGCUCUCUCCCUUUUCCACUGCUCCAGACAUAUUCCUUAGCUGUUACACACUACCACUGCAUCUUGGGACCUGUCAUCUUUGGGACUAUCCAAUCCCACUCCAUCCUUCCUUCCUUUCUUGCUUUCAGAGAACCACCUGGUUUCUGCAAGGAUGUGGCAAGACAUCCCAGCCUGCAGCUCUCACUCAUUUAUCUAUCCUGCCAGGUCUGUUAUUUUUAAUUAUUAUUUUUAGGAGCUUUCUGGGGAAGUGAUAGUUUUCCUAGUGAGCCAAAAGUAAAGUUUUUGGUACAGGAGAUAGGGACAGGCUGUUCCAUUGUAGUAAAACCUGUGACAUGUUGCAUGUGUGUUUCUGUGAUAUGUAAAUAAAGAUAUGAUGGAUA